AUGACACCUCGAGACCUUGCGCUCGGUCAUCUGGAUCCUUUCACGGCAAGGAAAGACUUGUUCUGCGUGAAGAUUGGUAUUGAAGAACCACCCCAUGGCCCAAGUUCAUUCUCUCAGUUAUGGCAUAGCGCAUCUGGGCACAAAGAAAACAUUAGCAGCAGUAGCCAGAUUAACGUAUGGAACGAUAUGCGCAAGAACAUCCGCGACUACGUUACAGGUAAAAUCUGCUAG